AUGGUUCUGUGCUGCAAAGACUGUGCUUCAGGUGUAACUGAACCUGUGAAAUCCAAGAAAAAAGAAGCAUCUGUGAAUGCAAAAACUUCUACAAGUCGAGAAAAAGACGACAAAAUCGUCUUUUUCGCGGAUUGUAAUCAUUUUGCAUUUGAUCUGGAGGACCUUCUGAGAGCUUCUGCUGAGGUAUUUGGAAAGGGUGUGUUUGGUACAACAUAUAGAGCUGCUUUAGAUGAUGCAACCACUGUGGUGGUGAAGAGAUUGAGAGAUGUUGCUGUGGGGAAAAAGGAGUUUGAACAACAGAUGGAAGUUGUAGGGAAACUUAAGCAUGAAAAUGUGGAUGCAAUAAAAGCUUAUUAUUAUUCAAAGGAUGAGAAACUAGUUCUUUCUGAUUAUUAUCAACAAGGCAGUGUUUCUUCCAUGUUACAUGUCAAAAGAGGAGAAGGAAGCACUUCUCUAGACUGGGAUAGCAGAUUAAGGAUCGCGGUCGGCACAGCAAGAGGCAUUGCUCACAUCCAUGCUCAGCGAGGAAACCUAGUUCAUGGAAACAUAAAAGCCUCAAACAUUUUCCUCAACUCACAGGGAUAUGGCUGUGUAUCUGACAUAGGUUUAGCAACAUUGAUGAGUUCAGUACCUUUAGCAGACACUAGUGUAACAGGAUACCGCGCGCCAGAAGUAACCGAUACGCGUAAAGCAACGCAGUCGUCUGAUGUAUACAGUUUCGGUGUUCUGUUACUUGAGCUUCUAACUGGGAAAUCACCUUUAUAUGCUUCAGAUGGGGAACAGGUUGUUGACUUGGUUAGAUGGGUGAAAUCUGUUGUUAAAGAGGAAUGGACUGCAGAGGUAUUUGACGUGGAGCUUUGGAAGUAUUCAAAUGUAGAAGAAGAAAUGGUGGAGAUGCUGCAGAUUGGGAUAAAUUGUGCUGUAAGAAAGCCAUAUCAGAGACCACAAAUGUCUGAAGUUGUGAAAAUGAUGGAAGGGAUUUGUCCCGAGUCUAGAUCAGAAGUUUCUACUCCAACUAUUUGUGCAACUUAA